ACGUAACCGAGCCGGGUACAAUCUCAGGUUCGAAUACUGAAAGUGCAAGGUGCACAGUGCUGCCUCGUCAUCUGUUCCCCCGGGGCUCUGCCUGCCUGUGCUCUGCUCUCCGUGCUGUGAUGCUCUGCGGCCCUGAGCUGUUUCCUUAGUAACGGCGCCUUGCGUAGUAGUGCUGGGAACGCUGCAGUCACACGGGAGAGAGGGAAUAGCUGCAGCCCGGUUAUGGAGGCUGUAUGUAGCUGCAGCUGAGGCUACGUGUAUAGUACAUUACAGAAAGUUUAUUAAUGACUCUUCCCUGUAAUGCAGACAAACUACAGCCCCUAGUUAUGGCAUCUGCUGGCCGGCCAGAGAUGAAGGGCUUCUAUGCCAGAGAUGCGGCGGAACGGCGCAGGCUUAGAGAUGUGCUGUGUGACCAGCUCAGCCGAGAUUUGCUCAGGCUCUUAAAUGAUGAAAUCCAAACCGAUUUCAUUCUGAAUGUUGGACAGACAAAGUUUAAAAUACACAAGGCUGUGCUUUUGGCAAGGGCACCAACGUUUUACGAGUUAGUUACCAGGCAGGAAACUGAGGAGGCCUUCACUGUGCAGAAUGUGGAGUCAUCAGAAAUACAGGCUUUUCUAAAGAUUGUCUAUGCCUCUCUCUGGAGUGUUAAAGAGACAGAAGACCACGUUGUUCAGAUGAUGGCUGUUCAAUCCUGUCCAGAUCACAAUGAUGAGAAAUGUAGUGAUCUCCAGAGUACCACAGUUUCAGCUAUAGAAAACACUGGCAGUAUUUGCAAUAACAAAUCUCUGGCUCUUGAUGAGUGUCCUAAGGAAAGCUACAACUGUGGCGACCUGAGUGACUGUGACCCACCAUCAGACCUUGGCAUGGAUUUGCGGUCUCUUUACAAACAUUCUUGUUGUGCUGAUGUAACUAUCCAAAUAGAAGACCAAUAUUUUCAUGUACAUAGGGCCAUCCUGUGUGCCAGAUCUAGUUACUUUGCUGCUAUGCUGAGUGGAUGUUGGGCUGAGACCUCCCGAGAGCUAAUUAAAAUUCAGGGUUUAAAACCAGCUGAUAUGGAAGUCCUCAUGCAUUUCAUUUAUGGAGGUAUAAUGGAACUUCCAAAAAGCACAGACCCUGGCCAGGUCCUUUCUAUUGCUGACAUGUAUGGAUUAGAAGGGCUGAGGGAAGUUGCUGUAUAUGUCCUCAAGAGAGACUACUGCAAGUUCUUUCUUAAGCCUGUAGUUGGAAUGCAGCAGUCGGUGUUAGAAUGUCUUUCUAUUGCUUAUUCCUUGGGGGAGGAACCAUUAUAUACCUCGUGUAUGAGGUGGAUUGAGAAAUAUUUUGUGAAAUGUUGGUCUGAGAGAAGCUUUGCCAAUUUGCCUGAGGAUUUACAGAAAAGCUGCUUCACUAUUUUGGUUCAGUCACUUUCCUACAGGAAUGCAGCCUUUCUGCUGAUGGAAAGCGACAGGCUGAUCAGCAGUCUUCCUGGGGUGAAGUGGGCAGAAAAGGCCAGGAGUUUGGCAUCUGAUCUGCAGGCAGAAUGUGUGAGAUUUAUGGUGACAAACUUCUCUCAGAUCAUAAGAAGCGAAAGUUUUGCUAAUUUAUUACAGGCCCAGGGGAUGAGCAGCCGACCAUAUCUUUUAGAACAUGUUUUUAAUGAAAUUGAGAAAAGCAUUUCGUUUCAAAACUGCUCCUUUUUGUUUAUGGCUCUGGAUGAGUUAUUAAAUUUGGCAUCGAAGAAUGAAAUGGUUUUUACGUGCCAGAUACAGGCUCUACGUGAUAAGCUGUGGAGCUUCCUGGUCCAGUCAUUUUAUGCUGUACGGCAUACGGAGGGCUGGAAAUUGAUGAGGCCAAGUGAUCAGAGCAGAAUACAAGCAGUUGCCUUUGACAAAGGGGAUGAUCGAAGACUUGCAAAGAAGCCUGUGUUCACUAGUUCUCAGCAGAACCGAUCUAAAAUUGUGAAGUCUGGAGAAACAGCAACAUCUGAAAGCAAGAGACAUUCAGACACCUAUUUACCAAAUCGCAGGAAGAUGAAAUCGGAUUCAUUGGGUGCUUCAGGACAAACAACUAACGUAUCUAGAACUGCUUCUGCAAAGGGAAAAGAUGAUGAUGUAAAAGGGAAGGAUGUAAAAAAAGUGGCAGUCAAGGGCUCUAAAGAUCCAAAACCAACAGAAAAGACAACUACGGCCAAACCAAAAAUCAUUGUGAAAACCAAACCAGAAAACAAUGACAAUACAAAGACCGAAAGCUGUGCUUCCAAAUGUGACACUGCCAGUACAUCAAGGACUGUGCCUGCUGGAAAGAUGGGAACUAGACCCAAAACAUCAAACGGGAGCUCCAAUCCGCCAGCUAAAGUAAAGACACUGAAGAAAGUAUGUAAAGACCCAGCUUCUCCAGUCAAAGGUUCAGUGCCAAGUAUGAAAUUCACAAACUGCAAUGGAGAACUUUCCAACUCUAGCCUGUCAUCAGGAGAACAGAAUCAUGAACAUGCAUCUGCUGACCAACCCAAUUCUGCAACAAGUUCGCCACAUAAUGUUACUAAAACAUUAAAAAACAGUCUAGAAGUUUCAAAGGAGCUAGGAAUGGGAGCAAAAUCUAAAUCUACUACAACAAAAAUAUCCAACGAGAGCUCAGUCAAACGAAAGGUCAAUGGUGCAGAGUGUCGGGAAGUGAGCAGUAGCUCUUCAACAAAAAAAAUGUCAGCUGAAGGAGGGAACGAUUCAAUACUUCAGAAAAAGAAGGGAACCAAGAUUAUCACUGCAAAUUGUACUGCUCUAAGGCCUAAGAGUGCCCCGGCUGCACUAACAAAAAAACAAGCUGUUCCCGGAGAUGGCUUAAAUUUGCCUAAAUCGGUCACUUCCAAGCAAGCUGAAGUCAAAUCGGACACAAAAUUAGUCAAUCAGUCUACCUCUGCAGAUAAGAAUGGACCCUUGAAUAAAAAGACUACAAAAACUACACUGGCAUCAACAAGCAAAACCCAAUCAAAUCUGCAAAAUAAUAAAUGUAAUGGUAGUAAAUCUUCUAUUACAAAUCACAGAGAGUCCAAACCAAAAGUACAGAUUAAUUCUAAAACUUCCAGUCUAAAUCACAGGUCAAGUCAAAAGGUUUCUCCUUCUGCAGUAAAAAAUGGCCACCAACCUGCUGUGUGUUUGGGGAAAAACCUCCCUAAAUCAGAUGGGUCUGAAGUCCCAGUGUCUUUAAUAAAUGAAGACAAGCAAGCUGACAGCUGCCAGUUUGAAGAGGGAGCAGACCAUAAUGAGGGCAUGGCAGUUACUGCAGAUGCUUCUGAUCGGUGCAUUUCAAUGUGCAAUCAAGAAUCAAUGCUACAGAAGCCUAAUUUAGAGCAUAACCACUGCCAAGAAAAUAAUUCAACAGCAUCUGUUCUGCUUUACAUAUCUAAUUCAAAAGAAGAUUUGACAGAAGAGACAAAUCAAACAAAAGCUAUAAAUGCUGACAAUACAGGGUCACAUGAAGUGCACUUUAUGAGUCUUUCCAAUGAACAGAAGCCAGACUGUAAAAUUAUCUGUGACUCAGAGAACUCUAAAUGUGCUGAUAGUUCAAGUGAAAGCGAGUUGUGUUCUGUAAAAGAAGUUGAAAGAGCACCAAAGUCAAAAGAAGAAACUAUGACAUUUAUGGAGAUCUCUGAGAACACUGGCAAAAAUAUGCAUAGUUCUACUAAUGCUGCUGAAUCCUGUUUACAAGGUGUUUCUGCCAGCCGUCAACAUGCACUUAAUAAUGUUGGACCUCUUAUGAACUGUGCAUCAGAAAGGCAAAUCCCCGACUAUCCGAGCGAUAUGAACAUUACUGAAGUGAUCGAUAGCCAUCGCAAUUAUGAUAUGAAGUUUAUGGGUCAAUGGAGUAAACACUCGAGUAUGUUACAUGAACGUGAGAGUCCAGAAUCUGAGAGUGGUAGUGCCAGUACUUCCUCUGAUGACAUAAAGCCAAGGUCUGAAGAUUAUGAUGCUGGUGGCUCUCAGGAUGAUGAUGGCUCAAAUGAAAGAGGAAUCUCGAAGUGCAGCACAAUGCGGUGCCAUGAUUUUCUUGGAAGAAGUAGUAGUGACACAAGUACUCCUGAAGAACUGAAGGGUUACGAUGGUAGUUUAAGAAUUGAUGUCAAAUUGAAAAAAGAUAGUUCGGAGUUAUUUCGUGUCAACUCAACUAGUGAUGAUGAAGGACCACGAAAAAGAACAGAACCGUGGCAGCAAAGUGAUUUAUCCAGACACAGUGCAGCUCACACAGCUGUUUGCAGCAAUGUACAGCUUUCUCAGGAAAUAGAACAUCUGUCCUCAUCGGCUGACGAAACCGAAGAUGAACGAUCGGAGGCGGAAAACGCUUUGGCGAAAGAUUCACCUGAGGUUGCCGCACAGCCCUAUCAAGGCAUCAUAAAUUUAGCUUUUGAUGAUAUUGCUGAUCUUGAAAACGAAGGCCAGAGAGCCCCUGACAACGCAAAUUUUAUGAGGUCUGUGCUCCUGUCUGUGGAUGAGUGCGAAGAACUAGGGUCAGAUGAGGGAGAUCAUCAUACUUCACAAGUGCGAAAGGCCGAGUCGCUGACACCGUCUGAUGUGUUUGAGAAAAACAAUGUGGAUGGCUCUUCAGCAUUAUGUUCAGGGUGUUCCCAAAAUACUGAGGGCAAACCGCUGGAAAAGACAACUGAAUAUACAUCCUUGGAUGCAGUACAACUAACUUUGGAGGGAAAUUCCAUGACUGUCCAAGAAGUUGCAGAAGCUGGUGCAUGUAAGGGCUCCAACAAACCAACAGAACCAGAAGGGGAACUGAAAUCCCAAGCACGGCCAUGCCAUUUGGAUCUGUACACAGAAGUACCAUGUGAUACACAAAGGUUUUGCUGUACUAAAACUGCUAAAGCAUGUAAGAGUCAGUUUCUUGACUACCAAGGCAGAGACAACCAUGCACCAUCUACUGAAAGCUCCAACACUGCUUUACCUGCAGGGCACAUAGAUGAUAUUGACUCAUUGGCACAAUCCUGCAUGUUUGACCAUCGUCCUCCAAAGUCCCUUUCUCCUAUAUAUGAGAUGGAUCCUGGCGAAGGAAUUGAACAGAGAUUGAAGACCGAACCUAGACUAAUGGAUUUUGAGUUCGAAGAUCAGCAGUUUGUAGAGAGGGACUGGACACUGCUAAGGCAGCUGCUAGCUGAUCAUGGAUCAGAUGCUGAUAUUAUAAACUCUGUCCCUGAGGAUCUCAGUCUAGCACAGUACCUAAUCAAUCAAACAUUGCUUUUAGCUAGAGAUAAUUCAAAAUCUCAGGGCAAAGCGUGGGGGGAUCUGUCGUCUCCAUUUGAGGACUCUACAAGUGUCACAGUGACUAGUUUUUCUCCUGAUGAGUGUUCCUCCCCCCAUGGAGAAUGGACUAUCCUUGAAUUAGAAACCCAUCAUUAGAUUGGUCUUCUCAUUUCCACACUCUAUUUUCUCCUACAGUCGUCACCAGAAUUUGUUUCUGGUAAUAGUUGAAUGAUGUUAAUUUAAAUAAGAAGUCAGAUCAAUCAAUUUGUUUUAACAAACAAUUUUAUGGCUGUGUGCAGAUGAUACCACUCAGCUUGUAAAGACAUAUGGUAAUUAUGCAAGAAUACAGUUUUCUUAAAAAAACAAAAAAAAAACAAAUACAAAAUCCUUUACUAGAAGAGUGUAUAUAUUAUAUAAAGACAAUGUACCAUAUGCAUCAAUGAUUUAUCAAGUCUUGCAAAUAAACUUUCUUCCAAGGUGUGCUACAUAAUAACAGACACGAGAAUCUAACAUUGCAAAAUGUCUCGUCACAAUACAUCUUUUUUUCAUAGGUUAAGAAUUAAAUAACAGAAUGAAAUGAUAUAAUCUGUGCCAAGAAAACUUCUUUUUCUUAGAGAUUAUUUUGCAUUGAUUGCUUAAGCAAAACAUGAGCAUGUCGCCUUUCUGAGGUAUUCGGUAAUAAAACGGUUUGUCUUGAAGAUAUUUGAGUAGUAGGAAUGCUGUGUAAUAAAACUUAAAUGAUCACGGUAUUUGCUUCCCAAUGCCUUAACCAGGCCAAAAUGUAAAUAAAAAUUGAUUUUAAAAUGUUA